AUGCAUUUCCAGCUUCUCUCCUCCGCCGUUCUCCUUGGAGCCUUGUCGACUGCGUCGGCUGAGUCCAAGUUCAACCCUCUCGAGCACCUCACCGGCAUCGCCCCCUAUUACUACCCCAAACACCCUCCUCUGGACGGAGCAGCACCGCAAGGAUGCAACGUGACGCGUGCCGCGUACCUUGUGCGACACGCUGCUAUUUACGCCAAUGACUUCGACUACGAGUCCUACCUCGAGCCGUUCAUCGACAAGCUGCGAAACACCUCCCAGGACUGGUCGUCGGUCGGCGGGCUGCAGUUCCUGAGUAACUGGUCCGCCCCCGUGGAUGAGGAGCAUCUGGAGAAGAUCACUCGUGUCGGAUACCAGGAGGCCACUUCGCUGGGCUCGACCUUGCGCAAACGCUACUCGGGACUCAAGGCGCCGGAGAAGGUCUGGUCGUCCAGUGCCGACCGUACGGUCCGCAGUGCCAACGGUUUCAUUGCUGGAUAUACCAACAACAAGAACGGCAGCGUGCAUCUCCAGCAGGUCGAAGAGAGCGAGGAUACGGGUGCCGACUCGUUGACGCCGUACAAGAGCUGCCCGGCGUAUAGUGGAUCAUAUGGAAGCGAUCAGUCCCAGGAAUGGGUCGAUCGCUACACGAAGCCCAUCAUCGAGCGCCUCAACUCCCAAGCCUCGACCUUCAACUUCACCGUCUCCGACGUCGUCGCCAUGUUCGAGCUGUGCGGCUACGAGACCGUCAUCCGCGGAUCGUCGGGCUUCUGCUCACAGAAUCUCUUCUCGCAGGACGACUGGCUGGCCUUCGAAUACGGCGAGGACGUGCGAUACUUCCACAACGCCGGCUACGGUCGUGACGUGACGCCGCGCAUCGGAUACCCCUGGGUGAAAGCCAGCGCCGACCUGCUGGACGACUCGGCGUCCAAGCAGGAUCUGUACGUGUCGUUCACUCACCGCGAGAUGCCGCCCAUGGUGAUCACCGCGUUGGGCCUGUACAACAACAGCGCUUUCUCGGGCGCCAACAACAUCAACGGCACUAUGCCGACCGACCGCAUCAACUACAACCGUGCGUGGGUCAGCAGUCGCAUCCUGCCGUUCUUGACCAACAUUGCCAUCGAGAGAAUGCAGUGUGACAGCUUCGGCUACGACGAGGGCGACUACUAUCGCGUGCUAGUCAACGCUGGCCCUCAGCCGCUGGUUGAGUGUCGUGACGGGCCAGGUGACAGCUGCUCCGAUGGUAAAUUCAAAGACUUCGUGAAGGAGCUGGGCGGACUGUAUGGAGGUGACUUCGAUUCGUUCUGCGGUACCAGCAGCAACAUCUCGCAGAGGUUGAGCAUUUACGAAUAA